GAGCGGGUGUUCCACCUGGACGGGGGCAUCCUGCGGUACCUAGCAGAAGUACCCCCCGAGGACAGCCUGUGGCGCGGCGAGUGCUUUGUGUUUGACAAGCGCGUGGCCGUGGGGCACGGCAUGCUCCCCACCUCCACCUACUCGCUCUGCUACGCCUGCCAGCAACCCGUGGACGAGGCCGACCGCCUGUCCCCGCUGUGGGAGGCGGGAGUGUCGUGCCCGCACUGCCAUGGGAGUAAGAGCGAGGAGGAGAAGGAGCGUGCGCGGGCGAGGCAGCAGCAGUUUGAGCGGUGGGGGGCGGUGGGCGGGCCGGGCGGGGAGAAGGCGGAGAGGGCUGCUGAGAGGAUGAGACGGCGGGCUGAGAGGCGGAAGGGAGGAGGGGCGAGUGCGGUGAGGGAGAAGGAAGAUGAAGGGAGGAGGGAGUGA